ACCAGCCAUCCCAGCGCCAGCGCGGCAGAGAGUCGAGACCUUCUAGCUAGGCCGCUGCCACGUCAAAACUAGCUCCUCCAGACAACCAAUCAGCUAGCCGAAGCCGGUCGAUUAGCAUGCAGCAGCGCUAGUAGACGUCGUCUCCGGGUCUCCACUCUCCACACAGAAACCCAUACAAAAUCCGCAUCCAGAAUCACCGGAGAUACGAGUCCGCGCGUACGUUGCAGUUGAAUUGUGAAGAGAGGCUGUGCGCAGUGCUGCUGCUGCUUCUUCUUCUUCGACGCAUGCACGCACAUGGAUGGUGCUGCUGAGUGCUGACCUCCGGCCGUACGUGAUCUUCGAUCUCCACACGGCGGCAAGCGAUCGAGAGGCGUGGUUCCCGUGGCGUCAACCGACACCUAGCAGCUGCUAGCUCAUCUGCUUGAUCUCUAGCUGAGACUCCGAGCAAAAUCAGCCAGGAACAACAAGCUAGGCCCCCUCACGCAGACCGCACGACCGAGCGCGCGGCAUUGACCGACCCAUCGCCGCCGCCGCCGCCUCGAUCGACCAUGACGCUUGCGAGCACGGACAAGGUGGUGCUGGGAUGCAUCGCGUUCAGCAUCUUCUGGGUGCUGGCCGUCUUCCCCUCGGUGCCGUUCAUGCCGGUGGGCCGCACCGCGGGCUCGCUCCUGGGCGCCAUGCUCAUGGUGCUCUUCCGCGUGAUGACCCCGGAGGAGGCCUACAAGGCCAUCGACCUCCCGAUCCUGGGCCUGCUCUUCGGCACCAUGGUGGUCAGCAUCUUCCUGGAGCGCGCCGACAUGUUCAAGUACCUCGGCAGCGCGCUGGCGUGGCGGAGCCGGGGCAGCAAGGACCUGCUGUUCCGCGUCUGCCUCGUGUCCGCCGUGGCCAGCGCGCUCUUCACCAACGACACCUGCUGCGUGGUGCUCACCGAGUUCAUCCUCAAGCUGGCGCGGCAGAACAACCUGCCCCCGCAGCCGUUCCUGCUGGCCCUCGCCUCCAGCUCCAACAUCGGCUCCUCCGCCACGCCCAUCGGCAACCCGCAGAACCUCGUCAUCGCCGUGCAGAGCGGCAUCACCUUCGGCCAGUUCCUCGUCGGCGUCUUCCCGGCCAUGAUCGUCGGCGUCGCCGCCAACACCUGCAUCCUGCUCUGCUACUUCUGGAGGUGCCUCUCCGCGCCGGAGAAGGACCAGGAGGGCGGCGCCGCCGCCGCGGGGCCCGACGUCGCCGUCGUGGCCGACGAGGAGGUCACCUCGCACAGGUUCACGCCGGCGCGGAUGUCGCGCGCCUCGUCCGUCAACGGGGGCGGCGCCGACGCCGACUGCGUCGGCGAGCUCAUCCGCCGGAGCGAUAGCCUCAGCCGGGCCGACACUACGCUAGGCAUGAGCAUGAGGAGCCGGAGCUACAACUCGGAGGGCGGCGACAUCCAGGUCGCCAUCAGGUCCAUGCGCGCGUCCAGCAUGUCGCAGGAGAUGGUGGAGGUGUCCACCGUCUGCGACAGGCGCGACGACGGCGGUGCCGGGCCCAGAAAGGUCACCAGGACCACCAGCCACCAGCGCAGCGUCAUCAUCGAGGACGCGCCCGAGGCUGACGCCGCCGACGACGACGACGAUGGCCACAAGGGCAAGGACGGUGACAGCGUCACCAACAAGGAGAAGAGGUGGAAGGUGCUCGUGUGGAAGACUGCCGUGUAUCUCACCACCCUUGGGAUGCUGGCCGCGCUCCUCAUGGGGCUCAACAUGUCCUGGUCCGCCAUCACUGCUGCUCUUGUCCUUCUCGCGCUUGAUUUCACUGACGCACAGGCGUGCCUGGAGAAGGUGUCAUACUCUUUGCUGAUCUUCUUCUGCGGCAUGUUCAUAACGGUCGACGGCUUCAACAGGACCGGCAUACCCAAUGCGCUCUGGGAGCUGGUCGAACCGCACUCGAGAAUCGACAGCGCCAAAGGCACGGCGCUUCUCGCAGUCGUGAUCCUAGUCCUUUCAAAUGUGGCCUCAAACGUUCCAACUGUUCUUCUGCUGGGCACAAGGGUGGCAGCGUCAGCAGGCACAAUCUCCCCAGAGUCAGAGAAGAAAGCCUGGCUCAUACUAGCAUGGGUGAGCACGGUGGCCGGCAACCUGACCCUCUUGGGCUCGGCGGCGAACCUGAUCGUCUGCGAGCAGGCGCGGCGGGCACAGUUCUUCGGGUACAACCUCACCUUCUGGAGCCACCUCCGCUUCGGCUUGCCGUCGACGAUCAUCAUCACGGCGAUCGGCCUGCUCAUCGUCGCCAGUUACUGAACCCCACACAAGCUAGGGUCUCGGCCUCGCACAAACGGCGGGGUGUGUAGCCAGAUGGCAGGCAGAACGCUGCAGAAAACAGCAUGCAGCACUGCCUGACAUCGAAGGAGAUGUUGUACUGAUUGGCCUUUGUUUGUACGUUGUAACAGUUUUUAUGUCGUUCGUGUAAGUCUGUACGUUUCGCGCAACCGAUGCCGCAAGGCGCCGGGUUGCCCAUCUGCUAAGGCAAAUAAUGCGCAAGACUAGUAGAUGGCAUGGAGUAUAGAAGGCCGGCACCACUGUUCUAGGAAGGCAAAAACUUGCUCUAGCUAGUUCAGGUAGGAGAGCCGGCGAAAAUGUAUGGUGUGCUUCUCGAUUUGGUAAUGUCAAGGGACUUGUCCUUAUGUUUGGAGCAAAGAAACAUGGUUGUACGAU